UUCUACCGUAAAGCAGACACUGUGCUGUCGUAAAAAUGCAAGAUGGCGACUUCAAUGACAGGACGUGGGAUGGCUUUUAUUAGGAAUUUAUCCGGGGUGUUGCAUUCAAGGUUACCAGCUCUCGGUCCCCAGCAGCUCUCAUGUCUCCACACCAGCGCGUCACUGGAAUCAAAGACCUGGGAGAGGAGAAACCUGAAGCUGUUUCCUCCUCAGCAACUCGAUGACCUUCGCAGACCAGCGGAGGUCCACCACAGCAGGAGGCAGAUCAAGUACAGCAAAGACAAGAUGUGGUACCUGGCCAAACUGAUCCGAGGGAUGAGCAUCGACCAGGCCAUUUCCCAGCUGGAGUUCAACAACAAGAAAGGAGCAAAGGUCAUGAAAGAGGUUCUUGAGGAAGCUCAAGAGAUGGCGGUCAAAAACCACAACGUAGAGUACAAAUCCAACCUGUAUGUAGCGGAGUCCUUCUCCGGCAAAGGGAAGUACCUGAAGCGGAUCCGUUACCACGGCAGGGGGAUGUGCAGCAUCAUGGACCGAGUCUACUGUCACUACUUUGUGAAGCUGGUGGAGGGGACGCCGCCCAGAACCGAGGAGAAGACGAGCUUCGACCAGGCCAAGGAGUACGUCCAGAACCUCAAGAACCGAACCAUCAUCCACAGCCUGUAGGCCGGAAAAUAUUUAAUUUGUACCUUCUACUGUAUUCCCGUUUCUUUUGAAAAUUGUAAAUAAACAAGUAAAAGAAUG